AUGGCUACUGGCGGGCAAGUUGCCCCUGAAGGUGACAGUGGGGCCACUUCGACACGGUACAAGGUUGUCAACGACCCAAUCCAUGGACACAUUGAGCUUCAUCCAUUGUGCGUGAAGGUGAUCGACACUCCAGAGUUCCAGCGAUUACGAAACAUCAAGCAACUUGAAGGAUGUUACAUGGUGUACCCAGGAGCAGCACACAACCGAUUUGAACACAGCAUUGGAACAUGAUUCCUGGCGGGCGAGCUGGCCAGGACGCUUCAGCAAAAGCAACCAGAACGGGGUAUCGAAGCCAAAGAUAUUAUUUGUGUAGAAAUAGCUGGGCUGUGUCAUGAUCUAGGGCACGGGCCUUUCUCUCAUCUCUUUGAUCAGUCGCUCAUACCUAGAGUGCAUGAGAAGAGAGGGCUAAAGCGAAAAUGGAAACACGAGGAUGCCUCAAAGAAGAUGUUUGAUCAUCUUAUAGAAAGCAAUGAUUUGCUGGGAGAGUUCAAAAAACAUCACCUGGAGGAGACGGACAUUUCGUUUAUUAAAGAGCUUAUUGAUGGGAAGUGUGGACAGGCCUUGCGAGAGACUGGAAGAGAAGGGAAGAAAUUUCUAUAUGAGAUUGUGGCUAACAAGCGCAAUGGCAUUGACGUGGAUAAGUGGGAUUACGUCGCUCGAGACUGUCACGGCCUGGGCAUUCGUAACAGUUUUGAGCAUGAACGACUGAUCAAGUUUGCAAGAGUCAUUGACGUAGGCGAAGAGCGGCAGAUAUGCUACAGAAAGGAGGAGGCAGCAAAUUUGCUUGAAAUGUUCCACACUCGCAUGCAUCUGUACCGGAGAGCUUAUCAACACCGCGUCACUCAACUCAUAGAGGAAAUGAUGACAGAUGCAUUGUUGUUGGCAGAUAACCACAUCAAAAUACCUGGAGAAAGGCGAGAUAUGUUCUAG